CAGCAACGUGCAUUAUUGUGUCAAGCUUCACAGAGGUUUACGUUCGUUUCUGUCAGAAAAGCGGUUUGCUUUGAGGACUGUCAACAAGGCUCUCCUCUUUGAAGAGGGGUGAUAGCCAAAACCUAAAAGAAUAGAGGAGAGAGGAAUCCCAAACAACUGCAUACAAUACCAAUACCCCCAUCCAAGAUGAGGCGAGCCAGCCGCGGAGGGGACGAGACCGCCCCUCCCCGUCAGAACGGUGUGCCGGGGGGUAAAGGUGACGGCAGGGCAGCCGAGCGUGGGGAUGCAGCAGCCGCUGCCGGCGGUGAUGAUGAUGAGGCCGGGUGCAGCCCAGCAGACAUGCAGGAUGAGGACAAUGAUCCGGCACGGAGGAGAGAGAUCAGGAGCAAGUACAGGGACCUCAUCAACUCUGUUCAACAGAACAGAGAGGACAUGUUGAGUCCCACCAACAACAAACUGACAGACGUGUUGGAGGAGGCCAACAAACUGUUUGCAGAAGUCCGUCAGGCCCGCGAAGCAGCUCUCGACGCUCAGCUCCUGGUGCUGGCUACAGACCUGGGGAAGGAGAAGGCCAGCCAGCUACACGCUGAGGGAUCGGCCUUCGAUCCCUCAGCCUUCGCCGAACACCUGUUGUCGUUCAUGGGUUUGAAUCGCCUGGAGGAUGAAGAUGAGCAGGAGGAGGGUGGUGGUGCGAGCGGUGGCUACCUCCCCCAGGACGCGUGGCAGAAGGUGGCUAAUAGAGCUCAACACUGCUUCAGGACUGCCCCCUCCUUCCACUACAUGAUGGGAUCGUUCCUGGCUGAGUUGCCUCCGCCUCGCCAGAGGGUCGAGAGACAGAAGAAAGUUCCCGGGAGGGAAGCCAAGAGGAUCAUGCCCACUCAGUUGAGGAGGAUGGAGGAGUCUCACCAGGAAGCUACAGAGAAGGAGGUAGAGAGGAUUCUGGGAUACCUGCAGGGCUACUUCAAUGACGACCCCACAUCUCCCAUCUCCUACUAUGAGUUUGUCAUAGACCCCACCUCCUUCUCCCGCUCUGUGGAGAACAUCUUCCACACCUCCUUCCUGGUCAGGGUGAGUGGUACAUGUUGGAUACUUCAGAUCAAUAUAUCGCCACCUUUUUUUUUUUUUUUUUUUACAUGAUUCACUAUUUAUUGU